AUGAGCCUUGACUGUGCUUUUGCUGCAUCUGGAGGAGCUCACUGGAGAAUCUCCAACAGCAGAGCGGGUCUUCAGCUACCAUCACAUCACCUGCAGAAGGGAAAAGCCCUUCAAGACUCAAAGCCCACAGUGAACACCAGAGGCCUAACCCUCAACAGCCCAGAGGAGGGGGCCACCAUGCUGCAGACAUGCACUAUCUUGCUCUUCUGCCUUCUGGUGGAAUCUCAACCAGAGCUGUGGAUAGAGACCAACCAUCCUCAGUCCCCUUGGGAGAACAUCACACUCUGGUGCAGAAUUCCCUCUGAGAUAUAUAGUAAGUCCUUGCUGUUGAAGGGUAAGACACAGAUAACUUUGGUCUGGCCUGCCUACAAGACCUUUCAAGCUUCAUUUUCCACAGAUGACCUUAUUAAGUCCAAUACAGGUCGAUACAGAUGCUGCUACUGGCAGGAGAUGGGCUUCUCAGAACCCAGCAGAAUUCUAGAGUUGAAGGCACCAGACCAAUUUCCCAAGCCCAUCAUCUGUACGAAGGUUGACCGCUACACUCUUCCAGGAUGUAAUGUUAACAUAUUCUGCCAUGGAUGGCUGCAGGAUUUGAUAUUCAUGUUAUUUAAAGAGGGAUAUGCUGAGACUAUGGAAUGCCAAGUCCCAACAGGGACAGUGGCCAUAUUCUCCAUUGACAACAUGACUCCUGAGAACGAAAGGGUUUACAUUUGCUGCACUCAUAUCCAGAUGUUCCCCACCCUGUGGUCAAAGCCCAGCAACCCCCUGAAGCUAGUUAUAGCAGGACUUUAUCCCAAACCAACUCUGACAGCCUAUCCCGGGCUUAUCAUAGCACCUGGAGAAAGCUUGAAUCUCAGGUGCCAAGGACCAAUCUAUGGAAUGACCUUUGCUUUGAUGAGGCUUGAAGACUUGGAGAAGUCCUUUUACCACAAGAAGCCAAUUAAAAAUGAGGCAUAUUUCUUCUUCCGGACUUUGAAAAUCAAUGAUGCUGGGCAUUACCUCUGUUUUUACUAUGAUGGGUCAUAUAGGGGUUCACUCCUUAGUGAUAUCCUGAAAAUCUGGGUAACUGACACUCUACCCAAGCCCUAGCUACUUCUUCAGUCCAGUCUAGUGGUUCAAAUGGGUCAGAAUAUGUGCCUAUGGUACCAAGGACCAGUGGGUAGAGUGGGACUAGCACUCUAUAAGAAAGAGGAAGACAUCCCACUUCAGUUUUUGAACACCAACAUUAAUGGCAGUAAUUCAUUCUUCUUCAACAAUGUGACCUAUAGUGAUGCUGAUUAUAGCUGCCACUCUCCUCACUGGAAGAGCUCCAAUAGGAAGUCAGCAUACCAUACUGUGGAGCUUGUGGUUGUAGAUAAACCUCCCAAACCAUCCCUGUCAGCUUGGCCCAGCACCAUGUUCAAGCUGGGAAAAGCCAUCACCCUUCAGUGCCGAGUGCCUCAUCCAGUACUUGAAUUUUCCCUGGAACGGGAAGAGAGAACAAUAUCCCCCAAAUUCUCAGUGGAUGGAGACUUCAUCAUCAGUAAUGUCGAAGGGAAAGGCAUAGGAACCUACAGUUGCAGCUACCGCAUACAGGCAUACCCUGACAUCUGGUCACAUCACAGCGAGCCUCUGAAGCUGAUGGGGCCAGCAGGCUAUCUCACCUGGAAUUAUGUUCUGAAUGAAGUUUUCAAGUUAUCCCUAAUCGUACAGCUUGCUGCCUUGCUGUUGGUAGUGCUGUGGAUAAGGUGGAAGUGUCGGAGACUCAGAAUCAGAGAAGCCUGGUUGCUGGGAACAGCUCAAGGGGUCACCAUGCUCUUCAUAGUCACGGCCCUUCUCUGCUGUGAACUGUGCACUGGGGUAUUGACAGAAGAGACUGAAAUAAUCAUGCCAACCCCUAAGCCUGAGCUGUGGGCAGAAACCAACUUUCCUCUGGCCCCGUGGAAGAACUUAACCCUCUGGUGCAGAAGCCCUUCUGGCUCAACUAAAGAGUUUGUGUUGCUGAAGGACAGGACCGGGUGGAUUGCAACUCGCCCAGCUUCAGAGCUGGUCCGGGCUGCCUUCCCCCUUGGCGCCCUGACCCAGAGCCACCUCGGGAGUUACCACUGCCAUUCCUGGGAAGAGAUGGCUGUGUCAGAGCCCAGUGAGGCACUUGAGUUGGUGGGGACAGACAUUCUCCCUAAACCUGUCAUUUCUGCUCCACCCCCAAUCUGGGGCCAAGAACUAAAAAUUCGGUGCAAAGGAUGGCUGGCAGGCAUGGGGUUUGCUCUGUAUAAGGAAGGAGAGCAGGAACCUGUCCAGCAACUUGGUGCCGUUGGGAAAGAAGCCUUCUUUACAAUCCAAAGAAUGGAGGAUAAAGACGAAGGCAAUUAUAGCUGCCGCACUCACACUGAAAAGCGCCCCUUCAAGUGGUCUGAGCCCAGUGAGCCUCUGGAGCUUGUCAUAAAAGAAUUGUACCCCAAACCUUUCUUCAAAACAUGGGCCAGCCCAGUGGUCGCCCUUGGUGCCCGAGUGACUUUCAAUUGUUCGACUCUCCACCAGCACAUGAACUUUAUUCUUUACAAAGAUGGAAGUGAAAUUGCAUCCAGUGAUGGGUCUUGGGCAAGUCCCAGGGCCAGUGCAGCUCACUUCGUGAUUGUUUCAGUUGGCAUUGGUGAUGGAGGAAAUUACACCUGCCGAUAUCAUGAUUUUGCUAUUUGGUCUGAGCCCAGUGACCCUGUGGAACUUGUGGUGACAGAAUUCUACCCCAAACCCACUCUCCUGGCACAGCCAGGUCCUGUGGUGCUUCCUGGGAAGAAUGUGACCCUGCACUGCCAAGGGGCCUUCCAGGGUAUGAGGUUUGCCCUCCUGCAGGAGGGAACCCAGGAUCCCUUACAGUUCCAGAGUGCUUCAGGGAACUCAGUUGACUUCCUCCUCUACACUGUUGGAGCAGAGGACUUUGGGAACUACAGCUGUGUCUAUUAUGAGACGACAAUGUCAAACAGGGGAUCAUAUCUCAGCAUGCCCAUGAUGAUUUGGGUGACUGACACAUUCCCCAAGCCCUGGCUAUAUGCUGAACCCAGUUCUGUGAUUGCCAUGGGGCAAAAUGUUACUCUCUGGUGCCAAGGGCCAGUCCAUGGAGUAGGGUACAUUCUGCACAAGGAAGGAGCAACCACUUCACGGAUGCUCUGGGGAUCCACCAGUGAUGAUGGAGCAUUCCUCAUCACCAAUAUAUCUGGUGCUAGCAUUGGGCGUUAUAGCUGCUGCUACCACCCUGACUGGACCAACCUUAUCAAGAUACAGCCUAGCAACACCCUGGAACUCAUAGUCACAGGUUUGCUCCCCAAACCCACCCUGUUAGCGCAGUCUGGUCAGAUGAUGGCUCCUGGAGAAAACAUGACUCUUCAAUGCCAGGGGGAACUUCCAGACUCAACAUUUGUUCUGGUGAAGGAGGGGGCUCAACAGCCCUUAUAUCAACAGAGGCCAAGUGGGUACAGGGCUGACUUCUGGAUGCCAGCGAUGAGAAGUGAAGAUUCUGGAAUCUAUAGCUGUAUUUAUUAUCUGGACUCUGCUCCCUUUGCAGCUUCCAAUCACAGUGACCCUCUGGAGAUCUGGGUGACUGAUAAACCCCCUAAACCUUCUCUGUCAGCAUGGCCCAGCACUGUGUUCAAACUAGGGAAGGAUAUCACUCUUCAGUGCCGAGGACCCCUGCCAGGUGUUGAAUUUGUCCUGGAACAUGUUGGAGAGGAAGCACCCCAGCAAUUCUCAGAGGAUGGAGACUUUGUCAUCAAUAAUGUAGAAGGGAAAGGUAUUGGGAACUACAGCUGCAGCUACCGCCUCCAGGCUAACCCUGACAUCUGGUCAGAGCCUAGUGAUUCCCUGGAGCUGGUGGGAGAAGCAGGCCCAGUUGCUCAGGAGUGCACUGUGGGUAACAUUGUGCGAAGUACCCUGAUUGUGGUGGUUGUCAUAGCCUUGGGAGUGGUGCUAGCCAUCGAGUGGAAGAAGUGGCCCCGACUCCGAACUAGGGAUUCAGACACAGAUGGAAGAGACCAGUCCAUAGCCCUUGAAGAGUGCAACCAAGAAAUAGAACUAGGCACUACCACCAACUCUCCCUCAUCAAUCUCUCAAGGAACCUCAGAGGAACUGACAGUCCCAAUAUAA